AUGGUGAACUUCGGGAAGAAGUUGAUGGCAGAUCAAGUAGAAGAAUGGAAAGGGUACUAUAUUAACUACAAAUUGAUGAAGAAAUUGUUAAAGCAAUACGUUCAACAGACCCAAAUUGGUGGCAAAGAUUGCGAGCAAGUUCUUAAGGAGUUCUCGAGGAUUCUUGAUGAUCAGAUUGAAAGGAUCGUGCUCUUUCUGCUGCAACAACAAGGCCACCUCUCUAGAAGGAUUGAGGAAUUGGGAGCACAGCGUGCUGCCAUUAUGCAGCAGGUUGAUACAUCAAGAGUUUUCCAACUUCGUGAGGAUUACAGAGAUGUUGGAAGAGAUCUCGUAAAGCUUCUCCGCUUUGUUGACAUGAAUGCUACCGGUCUAAGGAAGAUACUGAAGAAAUUCGAUAAGCGGUUUGGCUAUAAGUUUACAGAUUAUUAUGUCACCACUCGUUCAAACCAUCCUUAUUCACAGCUUCAGCAAGUCUUUAAGCAAGUGGGAAUUGUAGCCGUUGCAGGUGCUUUAUCACGCAACCUUGCAUAUCUGGAACAUGAGCAUCGAGGAAGCUUUUUAUCCAUAUAUGAUAACCCAUCUGUUGUGCUGCAGGACCCUAUCAUAGACCAGGUAAACCAUGCAGUACAGAAACUCACACACGCGACGAGUUUUAUGCAAUACUUGGGACAACACGCACUUAUCGUCCAAGACGACACACCCAGUGGAUCGGAGGAUAAUGUCGAUGAUGAGAGCUACCAUUUCAUGUCCCUGAUGCUUAACCUAGUGAACACAUUUCUUUAUAUGGUGAACACAUAUAUCAUCGUCCCGACCGCAGACGACUACUCAGUGAGCCUUGGAGCCGCCGCGACAGUUUGUGGCAUAAUCAUUGGAUCGAUGGCGGUCGCUCAGGUGUUCUCUUCGGUUUAUUUCAGUGCCUGGUCGAAUAGGUCAUACUUCAGACCUCUAGUAUUCAGCAGCAUUAUGCUAUUCUCUGGGAAUCUGCUGUAUGCAUUGGCAUAUGACCUGAACUCCUUGACAGUUCUCCUGAUUGGCCGGAUACUAUGCGGGUUGGGUUCUGCAAGAGCUGUGAACCGUAGGUAUAUCAGUGACUGCGUGCCUCUCAAGAUCAGGCUCCAAGCCUCUGCAGGGUUCGUCAGUGCUAGUGCUCUUGGAAUGGCAUGUGGCCCUGGCCUUGCUGGUUUUCUUCAGACAAAAUUUACGAUAUACUCGCUGACUUUUAACCAGAGCACAUUGCCUGGAUGGGUCAUGUCCGUUGCUUGGCUUCUUUACUUGGUGUGGCUGUGGUUUUCAUUCAAAGAGCCGGAACACUUCGCUAAGGCUGCAGCCGAGGCUGCAGCCAGAACACCGCAGCCUUCUGAAUCUGAAAUAGGUCAUCAAGAAAGUGCUAAUUUGGAGGAAGGUCUAGCACAACCUCUGCUUCUAGGUUCAGAAGAGAGGCUGGAUGAUAUUUCGGAGGAUAAUGAUGAUGAAGAUGAUAAAAGUUCCCAUGAGCCAGCAACAUCAUUUGCUUCAGCAUAUAAAUUGCUGACACCCUCUGUGAAGGUACAACUAUUGAUAUACUUUAUGCUCAAGUAUGCGAUGGAAAUUUUGCUCUCCGAAUCAAGUGUCGUCACCACAUACUAUUUUAAUUGGGAUACAAGUGCUGUGGCCAUCUUUUUAGCGAUUCUUGGAUUGACUGUUCUUCCAGUAAAUGCCAUUGUCGGGAGCUACGUUACGAACUGGUUUGAGGACAGGCAAAUUCUGGCGGCAUCUGAAAUCAUGGUUCUGAUUGGCAUUAUCAUGAGCUUCCGUUACACGCCUCACUACUCGAUUCCACAGUACGUCUCUUCGGCUCUCAUCACGUUUGUAUUCGCAGAGGUGCUGGAAGGAGUAAACCUAUCCCUGCUUUCGCGGGUCAUGUCGUCGAGGCUGUCGCGAGGGACCUACAACGGCGGCCUCCUCUCAACGGAGGCCGGGACGCUGGCCCGUGUGGUCGCGGACGCGACGAUCACCGCGGCAGGCUACCUAGGCACGGACAUGCUCCUCAACGUCACCCUGCUGCCGCCUCUCGUGAUCACCAUCGUCUCCAUCGUCGCAACGUUCUGCACAUACAACACCCUCUACUGA